AUGACCGCACAGCACAGUGUCACCGAUUACCACUCAACACCCACAAAAUCAUUGACGUUUGGAAGAGAAUGGGAAGAAAAGAAUCUAUUCGUUGUUACUUCUUCCUCACCAGCUUCUUGUUCAUCCUCUGAUCGGCGAGGUUUUUCUUCUGAUUUAGCCACCACCAUCACACUUUGCGGCCAUCGAAUCUUAACCUCUUUAAGUUGCAUCUCAACUUCGUUGUCAUCUAACCUCGUCGCCUUUGAAUUGCUUGCCUUUUUAUUGGAUGGAUUGCAUGAAGAUUUGAAUCGUGUGAAACAAAAGCCUUACAUUGAAAUGAAGGACUCGGAUGGUAGGCCAGAUGAGGAAGUCGCAUAUGAAUGUUGGAAAAAUCAUAUGGCUCGGAAUGAUUCAUUGAUUGUUGAUGAAUGCCAGGGUCAAUACAAAUCAACACUGGUUUGUCCUGAAUGUGGCAAAAUUUCAAUCACUUUCGAUCCCUUCAUGUACUUAUCAUUACCACUUCCUUCCACUGUCACCCGUACAAUGACUGUUACUGUCUUUUAUUGUGAUGGGAGCGGUCUUCCCAUGCCGUACACCGUGACAGUGCUGAAGAAUGGUUGUUGUAGAGAUCUUUGCCAAGUAUUGGGUACUGCAUGCUGCUUGAAGAGUGAUGAAAUGCUUUUGCUUGCUGAGGUUGUUUAUAUGGAUGAGCCAAGUAUUGGAUUAGACCCUGCUUCAAGAAAAUGUUCAUGGAAUGUUAUCAAGCUUGCAAAACAGGAUCGUGCAAUCAUUCUGACAACACAUUCUAUGGAAGAGGUGGAGGCCUUAUGCGAUCGAUUAGGAGUAUUUGUAAAUGGUAACUUGCAGUGCAUCGGAAAUCCAAAGGAGGUACUUGCUCAAGUGAUAUGCUUUAAUCAAAGUGUAUUUCAAAAUAAAACUAUUAAAUGGGUUUGCCCAUAAACUGUUAUUUUACUGAUCCGGAUUC